AUGGUUGAUUCGCUUAUAGUUUUGAGAAUAAAAAAGGUUCCCUAUCCUUCGCCCUAUGAGUCGAGCGCCGACAAUGGUGUCAUGACUUUUAAUCGCCAUCUCCAAUGCCUCUUCAGGGACAAUUGGUCACCUAUCCCCUUGACGGCGAAGAUGCAGUGGAAGUUCAUCUCUGGUUUUGAUAUUGUUAUGGGCAAAUCUCAACGUGGUGCCGUUGGAGGGUCACAGGAUCCGGCAGUCUCUCCCGCAAGACGUUUUACCCGGGCAUCCGCACGUAACAGCCCCCUAGAGGCAACUCAUCCCGCAAGCAGGAAUCCAUCGCCCAUCCGCAAUCCCACAAAGAAAGUGACAAAACGGAAGGGAUCUCGGGUCUCGCCACUGCUCCAGCGACUCCGGUCCAUCACAUCAGAGUGGGAGAAAGAGCGCGAUGCUCGUGGUCAAAGCAUGAAGCCAACAUCUUCCACUCGAAGGGCAGUGCUUCAGGAUUCAGAGGGCCCUUUGGAGGAACAUGAUGAUAGGGAUGUUCCAUCAGUGCAGUGUCUAAUUUAG